CUGGUCCCACUCUGUAUAAAUGGCAGAGUGCUGGUCACUCAUCCAGCACUGGACUCCUCUCUCCUCUCUUCAGCUCCGUCUCUCUGGGUGAAAUCUCUUCUGCUAGAAUGAGGACUCUGUCUGCUCUGCUGAUGGUGCUGCUGCUCUGCUCUGUCCAGCAGGUCUACAGUGCUAUUCAAAGUGCUGAUACCCCACCAGAGUGCUGUACUAAGCUGACUAAGUUGCGGAUCCUUCCCUUGGUGCGCACUGUAUCCUACAGGUGGACCAGCAGCAACUGUGCCAUAAAAGCUGUUGUAUUUCAGAUGGUUACUGGAAAGGACUUCUGUGUGGAUCCUUCCUGGGAUUGGGUCCAAAGUCACAUGAAAAACCUGCCUGAGAAAAAACCAUCUACAACAUCAAAACCCAAAACAUCCUCCAAACCCUGAAGCUGAUCAUGUUGAAUAUUAUCUACAGUAAAAUGUUAUGAAUGCAUUUUACUAAUGUACAUAACACCACAGAACAAGAUGAUCUGUCUAAUAUAUUUACACACAUGUAUCAUUUCUAUUUCUGUUUCUACAAUAAAGCUGAUUUUACUCCAGUGUUGUACUUCGCA